GGGCGGUAGAUCAUGGACCAGUGAAAGUUCAGCAUUUGGAACAUCUGCUCGGUCCACACAGCAGGAGUUUCACAUGCAGACCUAAACAGCCUUGAAGGUGUCGUUAGAACACUUCCUGUCCGCCUGCUCUUACUUCCUCCAACUUUUUCUCCUCGCGAACUGAAGUUACGGCUGACCUGACGGCUACGCCAUUACGUCACCCUCGCUCGCGCAGAACGGUCGAACAUACACACGUCUCUCUCUCAGACACACACACUCUGUCCCACCAACCGCCGCCCUGCAGUCAUGCCACUGACACACGGGCAGAACCGCGGAUUUCACCCUGAAAUAGUUUAAAAAAUACACAGAAAAGCGCAGAGCCGCUCUGCUGCUCCCGCGCUCCAGCCUGGGAGACCCUGUUGGAUGUGAACCGCCCAGCCGGAGACACUCUUCCGCGAUCGAGGCUCUCCUGUUCGGCCGCCGUGUAUGGGAGUGAAGCGGGGAAAGCGAGCAGACGAGGAGGAGGUGAGCAGCGAGCCAGCUAAUGAACGAUUACCCGGCUAACAUCACAUUAACACGGCGCUUUGGUCUGAUUUGUCGAGAAGCAAUCAGUGGGCGGAGCCAUGACUGAGGGGGAGGGGCACUUCUACAGUGUGCAGGUGGGCGACUCCACCUUCACGGUGCUGCGGCGGUACCAGCAGCUCCGCGCCAUCGGCUCCGGGGCCCAGGGCAUCGUCUGCUCUGCUCUGGACACUGUCCUGGGUAUCCCAGUAGCUGUAAAAAAGCUCAGCCGGCCUUUUCAGAAUCAGACCCACGCCAAACGGGCCUACAGAGAACUGGUGCUGCUCAAAUGCGUCAAUCACAAGAAUAUUAUUCGUUUACUGAAUGUCUUCACACCUCAGAAGUCCUUGGAGGAGUUCCAGGAUUUGUAUCUGGUGAUGGAGCUGAUGGAUGCUAGCCUGUGUCAGGUGAUCCACAUGGACCUGGAUCAUGAGAGAAUGUCAUACCUGCUAUAUCAGAUUCUGUGUGGAAUCAGACACCUUCACUCUGCUGGCAUCAUUCACAGGGACCUGAAGCCCAGUAACAUAGUGGUGAAAUCAGACUGCACUUUAAAGAUCCUUGACUUUGGACUGGCCAGAACCGCCUGCACCAACUUCAUGAUGACUCCAUACGUGGUGACCAGAUACUACAGAGCACCAGAGGUCAUCUUGGGCAUGAAGUACAAGGAGAAUGUGGAUAUCUGGUCAGUGGGCUGCAUUAUGGGGGAGAUGGUAAAAGGCAGUGUUAUAUUCCAAGGCACUGAUCACAUUGACCAGUGGAAUAAGGUAAUCGAGGUGCUGGGCACUCCCUCUCUGGAAUUCAUGAACCGUCUGAUGGAGACAGUUAGGAACUAUGUGAUGAACAAACCCCAGUUCCCCGGAAUCAGCUUCAGCGAGCUCUUCCCUGACUGGGCUUUUCCUUCAGAGACUGAGCACGACAAGCUCAAGACUAGCCAAGCUCGGGACCUGCUGUCAAAGAUGCUGGUGAUUGAUCCAGAGAGUCGCAUCUCUGUACAGGAGGCCCUUAACCACCCCUAUAUCCAUGUGUGGUACGACCCAGCCGAGGCUGAUGCGCCUCCACCUCAGAUCUCGGACAAGCAGUUGGAGGAGAGGGAACACAGCAUAGAACAGUGGAAAGAGCUAAUCUAUAAAGAGGUAAUGGACUGGGAGGAGAGGAACAAGAAUGGUGUUCUGAAAGAGGAGUGCUUAGUAGACGGAGUGGCAAACAGCAGUGCUACAGCCUCACAGUCGUCCUCCAUUAAUGACAUCUCCUCCAUGUCCACUGAGCAGACGCUGGCCUCUGACACGGACAGUUCCUGCAUCGACACCAUUGCAGGGGGGCUAGAGGAGUGACAGUGAGCCUCUUCUCCCCAGUGCUCCCUCCCUCCCUCCCUUUCUCUCUCUCUCUCUCUCUCUCUCUCUCUCUCUCUCUCUCUCUCUCUCUUCUCUCUCUCUCUCUCUCUCUCUCUCUUUCUCUCUCUCUCUCUCUCUCUCUCUCUCUCUCUCUCUCUCUCUCUCUCUCUCUCUCUCUCUCUCUUUUCUCUCUUGCCUCAUCUCACCCACAUUUUUCCAGAUGGCAGUGCGGCCCAUGAUUUGGUCCAGACUGGAAGACUGUGAAGUGGUGGGGCUUUUGUGGAUGGAGUUCUUGCAUAUUUCUAAUCAUUUAAGUGAUGAAGAAAUGUGAAUAACUGGUUUCAUUGCCUUAUGAUCCCAUGUCACUUUUACAUUUAAAUAGUUUCACUAGUAAUGCGUAUAGGCUAAAUGACUCACUCCAAGGUCUGUGGAGUUUAUCGGUGCUUGUUCCAUUCAUUUGUAGGGCCCCUUCUUUGCUGAGCAGGAGACUGCACUAAUGAAAUUAAAUGGUUAUGUAGAGAGUUGGAACUAGUACUUGUUGGGGUUAUAGCACUCAAUGAGUAUAUUUUACCUCUCACAUUAAAAAAACAAACAAACAACCAACUCAAGACUUUAUACGGUGGCAUGUGCUAAAUGUAGCCCCCUUUUUACAUUUGCCCAUCACCUUAAAUGCUUCCUGUGUGAAUGGGUGAAUAGGGCCUCAUAGGUUUAUAUUAUUACUAGCAAUGUUUUUAGCUCAUCAUAAUUUCUCAAUUUCAUUAAGAGGUGGGCUAACGGAUUGUCCGAAAUCAUUCUCUCUCUUUCUCUGUGCCAUGUAGCUGAUAUUGCCUUUCAUGCCAUCACCCAAAAGAAGCACAGUUUGACACUCGUGGAAUAGGCUAAUUAAUAGCAAAUUCCCCCUUCAGAAGUCAUUUCAGUUCUCAGUGCUCUGUCUAAAGUAUUGAUGCAUGUUAUUUACCUUGAACACUUAAGAAACGACUACAGAUCCUCUGCAUAUACCUGAAUACACCUAUACAGAAAUGGUCGUGCCUGCCUCUGUAUAUAGACAUAGUACACCUUGUUUUCAAACAGAGAACUUGAUCAUGCAUCUCAUUCAUAUAGGGUGUAGUCAUGUAUAUACGUAUAUAAAUUUUGUGUAAAUGUUUUUUUUUGUGAAAUCCUGAUUUUACAGCUUCUCUAAAUAUGUUUUAGCACAAGUACUGUAUAGCAUAAGCAUACUUUAUUUUAAAAAAAUUAAAUGGUUGCAAAUUGGAUAAGAAAAAAAAUGCACACAGAAUUAAAAAGAUCAUAUACUGUGUAAAAUAUUCAAAAUGUAAAAUGUACAUUGAUGACAAAUGCUAAAACUGUGGAAGCAGUGCACAAGCCUUCUGUUCCGUAUCAUUCCAGAAAGAAUUUAGAAGAAAACUGCAAUUUUUGAAGAUCUUGGUGCAUGAUCUGAAAGAUGACCAUUGCCUUUUUUCAUUUUCGCAAACUUGAGGAACCCGUGUGAAUGUUGUACGAAUCAGUUAUCUUUUUUUGUGAAAGACUUUACAGUAGUUUUCAGUUGUUGAAGAUUAACAGCCUUUCACUGAAAGAAAAGGAUAAUUAUUAAUUGCUUUAUAUUUUACACUUGAACAAAAAGUUACCAAUCCUUUGUUGUUUAUUCAGUGGCAAACUACAAGUUACGGUGGAUUCAAAGUCCUGUGAUCUUUUAGCACAACGGAGUGUGGUACACAUUGAGAAAGCAGUCUUUACGUGCGUCUCCAGUCAUCCAUCCCUCCCAAUCGCCCUAUUGUCACUCUUAGAGAAGGACCAGAACAUGUACUCUGCUGACUCUUGAGAAAAACAAAACACAACUUGGAGCUGUUCCAUUAUGUGGUAUAGCUGUAUGCUAACAGAAUUGCAUGAAACUCAUUCAAUGCCAGGGUUGCUUAUUGGAGCACAUUGAUAACUCCUAAUCUAAGGACAUCUGUGAAGAUCUGCUUCACCUCCUAGAUAUUAAUAAUUAAUUAUGGACUCGUCAGGAGAUGGAAAUGGCUGGCUUCAGGCGGUGUCUGUGUGUAUGUGUUUGUAUGUCUUCGGCCUGCUCUAAUGGACUAAAAAUGGGCUCUAUCAUCCUGCUAGACGAGCCCUUCACUGACUGACCGACGUGGAGUUCGGCCUCAGCAUCAUAACCGUUCAUCAUGCCUUAAGCUAUUCACCGUUUCUGCACCUACAAAAGCAUUUUCUUGCAGUUGGAUAAGACAUUCAGGGUGAUAAUUUUGCUCUUGCAAAAUCACCUCCUCAUUUAUACACAUUUCUCUAGAAUCGCUGUAAGAACACGCACUUGGUUUUGUUUUUUUGCAUUCUAGCAUCAAUAUGAGACAUGUAGGUAUGCAUGACCUCAACAGGUGCUUCUUCUCAUAAUAGUAGCACUGUAAUACUGUAUUACAGUAAUGCAAUAGUGCAUUGUUUGUGUAAUUUUUUUUUUUGUUUGUUUCACCUUUCAUGGGUUAGCUUGCCUGUUAUUAGUGGAAUCUGAUUUGUCCGAACAUCCAGUUCUGAAUGAACAAAAGUGGACUUUAGUGGUAUUAAACCCCUGUACGGGUGCAGAACAAGCUGGCUCUAAACUUUCUCAAGGGCUUUCUCUUUAUUUUGGUGUUACCCUUGUGGGAGAGGGUAUAUGUCUGUAUGGCUGUGUCACUUUGACAAUCUGUAUUGUUGGAGACGGAACCAGUAACUGAGUAGAUUUGUUUGUCUUUUUUUUCUCUGGUCGGUUUGUUUUUGUUUUCACCAGUUCGCAUUCACUAUCAGAUUUCUCCCAGGAGCAGUUCCACAUUUUUUAUUUUUAUUGUUAUUUUUGCUUUAAGACUACAUACCUACAUUUUUAAGCCAUGGGUCACUCAAACUUGUUUCAGUCAAAACCUGAAGAGUAAAUAUCUUAACUGCUAUGUACAAAUAUGUCCGUAUUGCUUUAGCGUGGUUUGUAUCGUCGUGACAUGUAUGGAUGCGUUCUUGGUGGGCUGUUGGGAGUGAAAGCUCUCAGUGAGUUCUUGCCAUACAACCUUGUCUGAAACAUAUGCAAAAUCUCAAACAGGAUCCUAUAUCUACUGCAAUGGAGAGUCAGAUCCAUUUUUCUGUAAGGGAGAAAAAGAAACAUCUGUAACAACUGGCUAAAUAAAAAAGCUGAAAACGA